UCUCUCUCCACUCAAUUCAAAAAUCUCUCUCUCUCUCUCUCUCUCUCUCUCAAACUUUCACUCUUCCUAGUCUUUAUAGUAAUAUAUCGCCAAAUGGGUAUCUCUCAAUUUGCCAAAAUGAAUUCAUUUCUAACUGUUCUUCUAGCUCUUAUUCAGCUAAGCUGUUUCAAUGUGUGUUUUGGAGCAAGAAAACUUACUUCUCUUUACCAACCACCACCUAUGGCUUUAACAUAUCACAAUGGAGCUUUGCUAGAAGGAGACCUCCAUGUAACCAUUCUCUGGUAUGGGAAAUUCUCACCUGCCCAAAAAUCCAUUGUUGUUGAUUUUCUUCUCUCUCUUGACCGACAACAAAAACAAAAUGUUGUGUCCUCCGCACCUUCAGUCUCUCAGUGGUGGCAAACCAUUGAAACCUACAUGAAAAAAGCUGGGAAAAAAGAGACCCAUGUAGUCCUAGCUAAUCAAGUCACAGAUGAGAACUGUUCAAUGGGCAAAACCUUACAAAGAUCACAACUUUCUGAGUUGGCUCACCGGGUCAACUCAGAACCCGGUGGGCUUGUCCUGAUUCUCACAGCUGAUGAUGUCGGCGUUGAGGGCUUUUGCAUGAGUUGCGGAUUCCACGGGUCGAACUCUCAAGAUAAAUUGGUUUUUAUCUGGGUCGGUAACUCGGUGACUCAGUGCCCGGGUCAGUGCGCGUGGCCAUUUCACCAACCCAUUUACGGACCACAAACCGCCCCACUGGGUGCACCCAAUGAGGAUGUCGGGGUCGACGGCAUGGUCGAAAAUAUUGCCAGUCUUUUGGCCGGAACUGUGACGAACCCAUUUGGAAACGGCUACUUCCAAGGCUCGGCUGAUGCGCCAGUAGAGGCAGCUUCGGCUUGCCCUGGGGCGUACGGUAAGGGCGCAUACCCGGGUUACGCUGGAGAGCUGUUGGUGGAUUCAACAACUGGUGCUAGCUAUAAUGCGCUGGGUGAGAAUGGGAGGAAGUAUCUUUUGCCUGCCUUGUUUGACCCUAACACUUCUCAGUGUUCAACAAUAGUGUGAGUGUCUAUUCAAAAAAGACACAUUGUAUUUUCUCUUGUGGUACUAGUUGUGUACAUGUAUGUGUGUAAUUAAUCUAAAAAAGCUCUAAUAUUAGAUUCAUAUGUAGUGUUAAACCA